AAGUUUCCUAAAUACUUUAUCAGAUGUAUAUCUUUUAUUCACUAUUUGUACUGUGCGGUUGUCAAAAUUUAACUUUUAUUUAUGAUGGAUGGAGAAUUCUCUUUUAUGGACUUUGAUUUAUUAGAAGUGGCUAAAAAUGAGUGUUUUUCAGUGUUAAAUAUAGCGUUGGACAAUAUUGAAAACUACGAUUUUACAGUUGACGCUCAGGAUUCGUGUGGAAAUGCUUUAUUACAUUAUGCUGCCGCAGCAGGUCACAUAGAGACUCUGGAAAAAUUAUUUUCUCUUUCAGCAUAUCCAAACAUACUAAAUAAUAAACGUGAAACACCACUUCAUUUGGCUUGUCAAAAUGGUCAUCAUAAAAUCGCCGUACGUCUCUUAGAGUGUGGAGCAAAUUUAAAUGCUUUAGACCAAGAACGGGAAACUCCCUUAUUCAAAUCAGUUAGGGGAAAAAAUGCAGAUUUAACUAAGUAUCUAAUUAUUCAGAGAGCUGUUGUUAAUAAUGCGAAUAAAGCGAAUGAACGGUUAAUACAUCUAGCUGUGAUAAAUGAUGAUGCAGAAUUGGUAGAAGUAUUAUUGGAUGUAAAACAGGAUCCUAAUGUUAAAACAGAUGCAGGUUAUUUACCGAUACAACUUGCUGUUAAGCACUCUAAUACGAAAAUAGUCGCUCUUCUUCUGGGACGUAACGCAAAUAAAGAGAUAAAAGACCAUAAAAAUUCCACCCUUCUUCAUUUAGCUGUAGAAGCCCAAUCAAUAGAAAUUUGUGAAAUUCUUAUUGACGAGGGUCUAGAAAUAAAUGCUAAAGACGAGAACGGUUCUACCCCACUACAUCUAGCAGUACACAUGAAUAACUUGGAAUUAGUCGAACUUUUGUUAAAGCAUAACGCUGAUGUGAAUCUGCCUGAUACAGAUGGCUAUACACCUUUACAUAUAGCUGCAAGAAUUAAUAGAGAAACUGAUAUCAUAAACUUAUUGCUCAAGAAUAAUGCUAAUAGUCAAACAAAGACUGAACACGGUGAUUUACCUCUGCACAUUGCCGCAGGAACGGGAAAUAUUAGGGGAUUUAUCGUAUUGUAUAAUAAAAAAGACAGUAAUACUUUGAAUAAUAUGGGAUACACACCUGCACAAUUAGCUGAAUCUAGAGAUAUUGAAGUUAUUGUUAAUUUAGACGUUGAAAUGGCUAAAAGUAAUUCAAUUAAUAGAAUUCCUAUUUACAAACAGCUUUAUAUGAUCAAGAAGCGAAGUGUUAAUUGACUGCAUCACACAUUUUGAUAGAAACAAUCGAGACAAUCUGAAACCAACCAAGAAAUCAAUUAUCUAAAUCAUCAGAUCCAGUAAUGCAAGUAGUAUAAGGAAAUUUUCAUUAUAAACAAAAACUCAAACCGAUCUCAUAAAAAUAGAGAUUUCUUCCAAUUCACGUGUGUCCUUCGUGCUACUAAACAACCACUCAAAGUAAAUAGAGACUUUUAAUGAAGUUAGAGAAAAGGUCAAUUCGAUAAAGUUCAGGUUUGCUUUAUUUUUUAUAGGAAACUUUCAAGUUCAAAUGCGUGAGGCGUAUAAUUUUGUGAUAUUUAUUCAAUUUACUUUGUAACCGUACAUUUUAUUUGUAAUUAUACAUCUCGAAUAUUUUUAAGGGAGACAGUUUAUAGUCUGGUUUCUAAUUAAAUUUCAUGGACCCUUUAUUUCGAAUGUCGUUUAACUAACUAAAUAGCAAAUACUCAAGCAAAACUGUGAAGUACGAGGUUGGUUUGAAGGAAAAGUGACAACCAAAAAACUGUAGAAAAACUCUUUGUUCAACGAGUUUUCAGUUUUUCCAAAUCAUUCAAUAGAUAGUGAGAGGGAUUCAGAUUGGGUGAAUUCGGCAGAAAAAAAAGUUAUUUAUUUCUGAAGAUGAAAUCAAUUGUUUCGAUUUUAUUUUUGUUUAUGGAGUAUAAUCAUGCUCUAACUUUUUGGUAGCUAAUAUUUAUUAUUAUUAAUUCUUGUAGAGUCGUUAGUAAAUUUAUUUAUGUUGAAAAUAUACUGAUAGUAUCCAAGUUUUUGUGUUUUUUUGCUUCGUUAAACUAUUUUUGUCAAUCUAUCCGUUGGAUACUGUAUUUUAUUCUUUUUCCAUUCUAUUUUUUGAUGUAUCAAACAACAUAGGAAAAGUUGAUGAAAUCACAGAGCUUUUAUCGCCAAUAAUUUUGAUUAGGAUCUUCAGGCAUCUAGUUUAAGAGAUAUGACACUCAGCCCCAUUUCAUUAGGUUUUGGACCAUUUUUAUGAAGAAGCUGAAUAAUCAUAAAUAAUCUAUAUACACCGCCCCCUGGAGUACAUGACGUCAAUGGGAGUUUUUUUAAGAAACGAAAGUUUCCUUAAUCACUUUAAAACGCGAAAUACUUUUUGUAAAAUUGGUUAAUAUCCUGAGAGAUCUGUAAAAUAGAAUAAAGUUUAUGAUAGAU